CAGGUACGGCGUGUGCCGGUACGAUGGAAAAGUUUUUCCUGCCUCUUCUGAUGCUUGGCACCAUGGCGAAACCUCAGCACUGCCCUGGCCGAUGCAUCUGCCAGAACAUCUCCCCGACGCUGACCAUGUUGUGCGCCAAGACGGGCCUCCUCUUUGUCCCGCCCACCAUCGACCGGCGGACGGUGGAGCUGCGCCUGACGGACAACUUCAUCACCGUCAUCCGCCGCAAGGACUUCUCCAACAUGACCAGCCUGGUGCACCUCACCCUCUCGCGCAACACCAUCAGCCAGAUCCUGCCCUACGCCUUCUCUGACCUGCGUGCCUUAAGGGCCUUGCACAUGAACAGCAACCGCCUGGCCGCCCUGAAGAACGAACACUUCCGCGGGCUGGGCAACCUGCGCCACCUCAUCCUGGGCAACAACCAGAUCAGCCACAUUGAGCCUUCCGCCUUUGACGAGUUCCUCUCGACCGUGGAGGACCUGGACCUCUCUUACAACAACCUGGAGACGCUGCCCUGGGAGGCCAUCGGGCAGAUGGUGACCCUCAACACCUUGACGUUGGACCACAACCUCAUCGACCACAUUGCCGAGGGAACCUUCUCCCAGCUGCAGAAGCUGGUCCGGUUGGACAUGACCUCCAACCGGCUGCAGAAGCUGCCCCCGGACAACCUCUUCUUGAGAGCCCAAGUGUUGGCCAACGUGCGUGGGACUCACCCAUCCACCUUGACCAUCAGCUUUGGAGGCAACCCGCUCCAUUGCAACUGCGAGCUCCUCUGGCUCCGUAGGUUGACCCGAGAGGAUGACCUGGAGACCUGCGCUUCGCCGGAACACUUGAUGGACAAGUAUUUCUGGUCCAUCCCCGAGGAGGAGUUCAUCUGCGAGCCCCCGCUCAUCACCCGGCAAUACUCCUCCAAAGCGUUCAUCAUGGAAGGGCAAGGCGUCAGCCUCAAGUGCAAGGCGGUGGGUGACCCAGAGCCCUCCAUCCACUGGAUCGCCCCCGACGGCAAGCUGAUCCACAACACCACCCGCACGACGGUCUUCGAGAACGGGACCCUGGAAGUUCUCAUCACCACCUUGAAGGACAACGGGGUCUUCACCUGCAUCGCCUCCAACGCUGCCGGCGAGGCCACGGCUCCCGUCGAGAUCUGCAUUGUCCCACUCCCCUUACUGGUCAACAACACAGGGCACAUGAAGGAGCCCGAUCCCGGCUCAUCGGACAUCACCACCUCUGCCAAAUCGGGCGCCAACGACACCAAGAACCACCUGGACAAGAGGAUCGUGGCGGCUGACCUGACGUCCACCUCGGUGGUCAUCCACUGGCCGUCUGAGCGGCACAUCCCUGGCAUCCGUAUGUACCAGAUCCAGUACAACAGCUCCCUGGAUGACUCUCUGGUUUACAGGCGAGUAACGCGGGUCGGGGCCCGUUGCACCAUUCGAGUCGCUGCGCCGUGGUCGGGGCGGUGUCCGUGGCUGCCAUGUGGAUGGACUUGGGGGCAGGGGCCUGUAUUGACAUGGGGUAUUGAUGUAGGCGCCAUGUUCCGCCAGUGGGAGACAGAUGUGGAGACCCAGCAAGACCCUGGUGUGGAGGCCCAGAUACCUUGUUUCUUUGAAGGCUGA